GUAUAAAAAAAUUUUUGAUUUAAUUAAUUUGGGUGUAGACUCAAAUAAGUUUUACAAACUAGUACAAAUUUCAAAUACAAGAUGGCUAUCAUAUGGAAAAGCAGUUAAAAGGGUAUUGGAGCAGUGGCUUGAGUUGCAAUAUCAUUUCAACAUUAAAGCAACUAAUGAUAACGAGAAAAUGGCACAACAUAUAUCAUUUGAAUUACAGAACAACACAAAUAAAUUGUAUUUAUUAUUUUUAUAUCCAAUAUUAAGUGAAGUGAAUUCUGUCAAUUUAUUAUUUCAAGGAGAAAACAUUGACUUGUAUUCCGGUUAUGAGCACUUAGUGUUGCUUUUUAUGUCAAUUUGUUCCAAAUUAUUAAACCUGAAUUUAUUGAAAACUGUGCCGAUAAAAAAGUACAUUAUAAUAAAUAAUGAAGAUUGUUAUUUAGAUGUUGACGAUAUUGAAUUUGGAAUAGAAUGUUCAGAAGAAUUGAAAUCUCUCCCGCUAUCGGACGUUAUUGAAUUUAAAAAAAACUGCUUUCGUUACUUAAAAAUAUUGGCAAAGGAAAUGAUUAAGAGAUUUCCUGAAAAUAUAAAAAAAUUGGAACAUUUUAGAAAUUUACAGUUUAAAAAUAUUGAAAACAAAUUUGAAUCCGUAUAUGGCAUUUUGAAAAAUUCGAUGGAUGAUGAAAUUGCAAUAAGUACAUAUGAAAACCAACCAAAACACACAAACAACAAUAUACCUAAGGACAUUUUUGGGUUUUGGGCAAUUGUUUACGAAUACGAAGAUAAUGCUGGAAAUUACUAUUUUCGUGAACUUGCUACUGCUGUUUUUCAUCUUUUAGUCAUACCGAUAAGCAACGCAUUUGUAGAGCGAAUUUUUUCGUGCAUGAAUACAACUAAAACUAAACUCAGAAAUAAAAUGCAGUAUGAAAUGUUGGAAUCAUUAAUACGAAUCAAAUCUUAUUUAAACAAUUACAAUAUAUGUUUCUAUAAAUUUGAAGUUCCUGAAUCUAUGGUAAAAAGGUUUAAUUCAGAUAAUAUGUAUAAACAACAACCAAUUGAAGAAAACGACGAUGAACUUGAGGCAUAUUGACAUUCUGAAAUGGCUUUAAUUUCAGGAAAUAUAUUUCAAGAUGAUCUCAUUUAAGGGAUUUUUACAUUAUAUAUUUAAUUUUGAUGUAGAGAUGACCAAUAAAAUAUUUGCAAUUUUUUGCUUAACCGUCAUAAAAAAAAUUAUAUUUGUUCAAUUAACAAUCGGUGUCGUAGAGUUGUAUUAAAUGUGGUAUUUUUCCAUAUAUAUACAGUUUUGUUUUCAAAAGAAAACAAUUAUAAAAAAAAUUAUAAUUAAAUUAUAGGUUUUCUGUCAAUUCAAACUCAUUCAAACCCAAAUUCGUACUUUUUGGUAAACUAUUUAAAGCAAGAAAAAUAAAUGUAAAAAUGUAGCC